CUAGCGAGGAGGAGCUAAUGUAAGCUCCACCCAUUUACUCGUCAGCGAGCACCUUCUCACUUCUGGCCAAGUAUUUUCUGCUGCGCAUUCAGAUUGUCGGUUCAAGUCGCUAUUUUUCGCUGCGAUGUCGAUGACAGUGAAAGCUCACCUCAUCGGUAAGGACGGCUCCAACGAGGAGACCCGUUGCUUUGACAUGUUUAAGGGAGACGUAACAAGUUUCAAGUGUCUGAAGAGAAAAGUGUUCAGAGUUUUUCUCUGUCUGGGGGAUUCGCCCUUCCAAAUAUACUAUAAAGAUGAGGAUGGUGACAUGGUCGCUUUCUCCUCUGACGAUGAGCUCAUGAAGGGGUUGGCUCUUGUGAAGGAUGACACCUUCCGUCUCUUCAUCAAGCGUGCUGACCAUGACCGGGAAUGGAAUCCAGCUAAGGACUUCUAAGGACUAGUAAUUUCAUUAAAUAAACACAUUUUUGAAUGCAUACUGUUCCAAUGUUAAUAAAAUAUACAUAUGUACUUUUUAGUUGAGCUUUUUGACAUUUUUUUGUUACUAAAUUAAAUAUAUUAAAGGAACAGUGUUACUAUUUAGUUGUAGUUAUUGUAUUGAUUAGGCAUUUUAGGUUACAUGUUCAAACAAUACACUUGCCAAUCUGUUAUUUUAUGGGUUGCAUCUUUGUUCAUUACUAAGAAAAUGUAUGUCACAAAAUGUACAUACACAUGUUAUAUUGUUGAAGUGUACUGAUGUGUACUAUUGUGUUGUAUUAAACAGUCAAUGAGCAA